AUGGGACUGCAAGAGUGGACCGUGAAGGAGGCGUACUACGCUUCGAAAUGUAGUCUCGGCGAGGGUCCGUACUACACGCCAGAGCGACAUGAGCUUCGAUAUAUGGACAUCAACAACAAGAAGCUGUACAUCAUCGACCUGAACAAAGGCCCCGAGUCGGUCAGGAUACUCGACACAAAGAUGCCCAUUGGCGUCACGGCGAACAUCGACGGCGUAGACUCUUCAGAGGUCAUUCUGGCAGGAGCAAAGGACGGCGUCACAAAGUUCAACCUGAAAACCCAGGAGCAUGAAUACGUGGCCAAGUACUGGACUGGUCCAGAUGCCGAGGACAAGACUAGAAGGAUGCGUUCGAACGAUGGCGCCGUCGACACCGAAGGUCGAUUCUGGGUCGAAGCCUUUGUUGAUCCUGAAAUUGCUGAACUUACCAAAGAAGGCUGUCUCUUCCGACUCGACCAUGACGGCACGCUACGUACCAUGCACGAGAACAUGACCAUCCCCAAUGGCAUUACGUGGAAUGCCGACGACAACAAGAUGUUCCUCACCGACUCGCCUCCAGGUGACGUGUUCCAGUUUGACUACGAUCCCCAAACCGGCGAUAUUUCCAACAAAAGCCUUUUCUUCCACCUCGACGAAGCGGCGCAGGGAGUCCAUCCCGACGGCCACGCCAUGGAUGUUGAGGGUAACAUCUGGCAUGCCUGCUAUGGGGGCUCAAAGGUCAUUCGCAUCUCGCCGCAAGGAGAGAUUACCGGGGUGAUUCACCUGCCCACACGCAACAUUACAUGUCCUACCUUCGUCGGCACAGAACUCUUCAUCACUAGUGCAAAGGAGGCUGAGCCUGAAAAGUUCCCAGAUUCUGCCCAAUUUGCUGGCAAUUUGUUCAGGGUGGAUGUUGGUAUCAACGGGAUGCCGAAGUACCCGGCUCGGUUGAGGUAG